GUUGGUAUGCAUGUAAUGGCCUUGAUAAUGUAUGAUGCAAUGCUUUUAGUACGUGUUUGACUUCUUAUGAGUGAUUGUGCUUCUACAAUGACCGAUCGAAAUCGUAAUCGCUAUGACUCAUCAAAUCUGAACUGUAUACGGUUGACGGACUUGACCCUGCAAGAAGCCAUUGAUAUUUUGGAGUGUGAUGAUGCAGAUGAUGUCCAGGGUAUUUUCAUUGAGCCACCCGCACCCAACAUUGAUACUGAUGAGGACUCGGGGGAUGAGGAUGGGGGAGGAUAUGUUGAUAAUCUCACAGGACGACAGUUAACUAGUCAAGUUGAAGUUGUUACAAAUAGCAGAAAUGAUACAUCAGUUCUUGAUAAUACUUUUGAAGAUUUGAGCAGUUCUACUCGUGCGUCUAGCUCUAGUACAGUGGGAAGUACUUCAAUUAAACAACUGCUGCUGCUGUCUUUGUCUUUAGAUGAUAAUGUUAUUACAACCAUUGCUAAAGUUUUACCACCACCUUCUUUCAUACACAUCUACAAGUGA